AUGGCGGAUUCCUUACCUACAGAACUCAUCGAGAUCAUCCUACACGACGUUGGCUUUAGAGACACACUCACCUUACUAGCAUGCUCUCUGGUCACUAGAGCUUGGACUACGCCGUCGCAGAUUGUCUUGCUUCACACCAUUACCGUCUCGAAGCCGUCAACGUGCCGAAAUCUCCUACAAUAUACUGCCAAGGGGGAAUUACUAACGCGUACACGCAGCCUGACCAUUGGCGAUUCUUGCGACCUAUUGGAGUCACGGAGUCUGGACGCGCUCCUUGCGCAUCUCCCCAACGUCAAGCAUGUAACAUUCAGAUCCAGCCCGGCAAUGGUGCCGCGGCGAGUGGCAGAACGCCUGAGAAGUCAUGGUCGUCUCCAUGCAGCCACCUUUGGUUCUGCGAAUAGUAAUCGCCACCUUCACCUUCUUGCCACCUUCUCCGCACUCGGCCCGAAUCUACGGAAAUUGCGUUUCGAGGGUUAUGGGACGGGCGCGACAGAGCAUAGACCGUCAACCCCACCUGCACUGGCAACAAACCCGAUUCACGUCGACAGCAUAGAAUUCGCCUCGGGCGUGAGGAACGACUUCAGAUGGCUUGAUAUCUGCAAAGCAGUGACAAUUCAAAAUCUGCGCCACCUUCGAGUCCCGAUCGACAGUCAAAGGGAUCACAUAGAGCUACUAAAACUCUUGCGUCAGGCACCUGUUCUUGAUAACCUCGUCCUGGUUGUCAAUCUCCCUCCGUUUUGUCACCGUGAGAUCAGUUUUGAAGCGGCGCCGUCUGUGUGUCGGGCCAAGCGUGUAGAAUUUCAUCUUAACGACAUGCAAGAUGCUUUUCUACUCUCGUUGUAUAUAACCGCUCUGGAUGUGACGGAGGAAAUUUGCUUCAAGCUCAGCCCCGGCGCCGCUGUCUUGCUGGGGAUUGUGGAUCACAUGGUAUGUGAUGACAAGAACGUUCGAAAGCUGAAGAAAUAUGUGGUUGUAUACGAAGGCGCAGGAUCACUGCUUCGCAGCAGGGAAAUGAUGAGUGCAUUUGAGCAGCAAGGGGUUGAAUGUAUUGUAGAGGGAUGUGCACGAAGUUCUGUUGUCGUCAGUUGA